AUGGAUUUCUUUGUUUCGUCGAAGGCGGUGCCCAUGCCACAUUUGUGGGUGCUGAGCUUUCUGGACGAGUCAGUGCCUUGCAUGGUUUCGAUGUGUCGGGGUGAGCCGACGAAGGAUCCAACUCUGACAGCCCUGCAGCUUUGCGAGGAGGUGAAGCGCGGGAAGGCUGAGGACCUCGAGGAUGAGGGCCUGAGCAGCGGAGAGACUGUCAAGUCUCAUGCGACGCUGAACCAGCCAGCGCCCAAUCAAGGUGAGAGUCAUUCUGCCAAGGAGCCUGCGAGGACCAAGGGGCGUUCUGCAGCUUGGCGGAGUGCGCGACACGGCCAUGGCCGCUUCCACUCCCACUCACCUCCCUCCUCCACCUCCUCUCCUCCCCACCCUACCUCCCUCACCGCCGCGCCUCCGCCGCGCGACGCGGCCCUGCGCCGCCGCCUCCUCCCCGGCACCGCCGCCGCGGCGCUCUCCUCCGGUGGCGUCCCCGGCCGCGCCACCCUCCUCGCCCUCCUCUCCGCGUGCUCGGACUCCGAAUCCCCAUCCGUCCCCAUCGCCCUCGCCCUCCACUCCCUCUCCCUCAAGCUAGGCCUCCACCGCGACCUCCUCCUCUCCACCGCCCUCGUCGGCUUCUACUCCAAAGCCCGCCUCCCCGCGCUCGCCCGCCGGGUGUUCGACCGAAUGCCCCUGAGGAGCUCCGUCUCCUUCAACACCAUGAUCGCGGGCCUCAUGCGCAACGGCGACGUCGAGGGCGCCUUCAGCGUGUUCGAUCGCAUGCCCCAGCCGGAUACAGUCUCUUGGACGGCGCUGAUCGACGGGUGCGUCAAGAACGGGCUCCUCGAAGCAGCCCUGGACUGCUUCCGCUUAAUGCGGCUCGAUGGGAUCGAGCCCGAUUACGUGACCAUCGUCGCCGUUGUCGCUGCUUGCGCGGCUCUCGGAGCGCUCGGCCAGGGUCUCUGGGUCCACCGGUAUGUCGUGACCUGCGAAUUCCGCCAAAACGUCCGAAUCGCCAAUUCGCUCAUCGAUAUGUAUGCGCGGUGUGGGCGUGUCGAUUUCGCUUACCAGGUGUUUGAGAAAAUGGCCAAGAGGACGGUGGUUUCUUGGAACUCGAUUAUCGUCGGCUUCGCGAUCAAUGGGCGGUGCGAGGACACGCUCGAGCACUUUGAAUUGAUGCGGAGGGAAGGGUUCGAGCCGGACGGAGUCACAUUCACCGGUGUGCUCGCCGCGUGUAGCCAUGUCGGAUUAGUCGACGAGGGGCUAAGAUACUACGAGCUCAUGCGCACGGAGUACAACAUUCCCCCAAGAAUCGAGCACUAUGGGUGUGUGGUGGACCUUCUCGGCAGGGCAAAGCGGCUGGAGGAGGCGAUGCGGGUGGUCGAGGAAAUGCCGAUGAGACCAAACGAAGUGGUGUUGGGCUCUCUUCUCGCCGCCUGUCGGAUGUACGGGGAUGUUAAGACGGCGGAGAGGCUGAUGGGGCUUCUUGUCGAGUUGGAGCCCGGCGGAGAUUCAAAUUACGUGCUGUUGUCGAAUAUAUACGCAGCCGCUGGGAGGUGGGAUGGCGUGGGGGCGGUGCGGAAUUUGAUGAAGGCUCACGGAAUAAAGAAGAAACCUGCGUUCAGUGCGGUCGAGAUUGAAGGUAGUGAGCAUGAGUUUAUGGCGGGAGAUAGGUCGCAUUCACGGUGCGAUGAGAUAUAUGAGAUGCUUGAGAUGGUUCAUCUUGAGAUGGAGGUGAACGGUUAUGUGCCAAGAGGCAGUACAGGUGCUUACUCAGAUUGUGACUGAUAAAUAUAUCAAGUUGCAG